CUCAGAGCCUCUCCGAGACAGGAGUGCCUUGUUCCACAGCCCGAAGGCUUUUUUUCCCUCCCAGGAGCCAGACAUCCUUGCUCCACCCCCCCACCGUCCUGUCUCUCCAGGCGAUUUUUUUUUCUGUCCUGGCUCUGAAAGUGUUAACCCCAGAGCAUCCCCCACUGCUCCCGCCAAAGGAUCCUAAAAAAAAAGGUGCAAAGUUUGAUUCAGAUAGGGAAUGAAUGAUCAAAGCCAAGCCGAUACUUCCUGUCGCCCAGAGGCUAUAUAUAACGUGAUGACUGCGCCCGCUGCGGAGACGCACCGGAGCGCUCGCCCUGCCGCCUGAGGUUUGCCGGGGACCACAAUGAACAAGUUGCUGUGCUGCGCGCUCGUGUUCUUGGACAUCUCUAUUAAAUGGACCACCCAGGAAACAUUUCCUCCAAAGUACCUACAUUAUGACCCAGAAACCUCUCGUCAGCUAAUGUGUGACAAAUGUCCUCCUGGCACCUACCUAAAACAACACUGUACGGCAAGGCGGAAGACCAUGUGUGCCCCUUGUCCCGACAAGUACUACACGGACACCUGGCACACCAGCGACGAGUGUCUGUACUGCAACUUAGUGUGCAAGGAGCUGCAGUACGUGAAGCGGGAGUGCAACCGCACCCAGAACCUCGUGUGCGCAUGUGAGGAAGGGCGCUACCUCGAGGUGGAGUUCUGCCUGAAGCACAGGAGCUGUCCCCCUGGAUCCGGAGUGCUGCAAGCCGGAACCCCAGAGCGAAAUACGGUUUGCAAAAGAUGUCCAGAUGGGUUCUUCUCGAAUGAGACGUCAUCUAAAGCACCCUGCAGAAAACACACAAACUGCAGUGCCUUAGGUCUCCUUCUAAGUCAGAAAGGAAAUGCAACGCAUGACAACAUAUGUUCUGGAAACCGUGAGUCGACUCACAAAUGUGGAAUAGAUGUCACCCUGUGUGAGGAGGCAUUGUUCAGAUUUGCCAUUCCUACCAAGUUUACCCCUAACUGGCUCAGUGUCCUGGUAGAAAAUCUGCCUGGCACCAAAGUAAAUGCAGAGAGCGUAGAGAGGAUAAAACGGCGACACGACUCACAAGAACAAACUUUCCAGCUGCUGAAGUUAUGGAAACAUCAAAACAAAGACCAAGAUAUGGUCAAGAAGAUUAUCCAAGAUAUUGACCUCUGUGAAAAUAGCGUGCAGAGAUACAUCGGGCACACAAACCUCACCUUCGAACAGCUCCGCAGCUUGAUGGAAAGCUUGCCAGGGAAGAAAGUUACAACAGAAGACAUCGAGAAAACUACGAAGACAUGCAAAUCAAGUGAGCAGGUCCUGAAGCUGCUCAGCCUGUGGAGAAUGAAAAACGGCGACCAGGACACUCUGAAGGGCCUAAUGCACGCACUGAAGCACCUGAAAACAUACCACUUUCCCAAAACUGUCACUCAGAGUCUGAAGAAGACCAUCAGGUUCCUUCACAGCUUCACGAUGUACAGAUUGUAUCAGAAGCUAUUUUUAGAAAUGAUAGGGAACCAGGUCCAAUCCGUAAAAGUAAGCUGCUUAUAACCAGAAAUGGUCAUCAGGCUGUUUCCUCAUAAUGGACCAGACCCAAUGGAUGAGUAAACUGUUUCUCAGGCACUUGAGGGGGUAAAAUGAUUUCUUUCUCAUCACCAAAGACUGGAUUUGGCCCCAGGGCAUUAAAAAAACAACAACAACAACAACAAAAAGCAAAAAGCAAACAAAAAAAAAAACUAUGGUGUGGAGAAAGAACUAACUUCUCCCCAAAAAGUUCGUUAAACCCCAAAUAGUUUAUCCAACCAACAGAUCUGGUCCAACAUCUACUGACUAUAUUUUCUCUUAUUACUGUUUGCAGUAAUUCAACUGGAAAUAAGAAACUAGACUCCAUUGUGCCUUACUAAAUAUGGGAAUGUCUAACUUAAAUAGCUUUGAGAUUUCAGCUGUCUAGAGGCUUUUAUUAGAAAGCCAUUAUUUUCCUGUAAAAGUACUAAUAUAUCUGUAACACUAUUACAGUAUUUGCUAUUUAUAUUCCUUCAGAUAUAAGGUUUGUACAUAUUAUCUCCUAAAGGGAAAUUGUGUAAGACUUAAUUUUAGAAAGAAUAUAUAUAUUCUGUUUUAUUAUUAUGACAAAUGAAAGAGAUAAAAUAUAUUUUUAAUGCAAAGUUUGUAGCGUUUCCUAAUCGGUACUGCCAUUCUUCCUAUGUUUUUGUAAUAUAAUUUUACCUAUAUAAGCUAUAAUAUCAUUUUAUAGAAAAUGCAUUAUUUAGUCAAUUGUUUAAUGUUGGAAACUGUAUAAAAUAUAAAUUAUCUGAAUAUUAGAUGUGCUGAGAAAUUGAAUGUACUUUAUUUAAAAGAUUUUAUGUUUUUACUAUAUAAACAACAUCAUUAAAGUUUUCUAAUUAUUUUUCA